AUGAAAAUACCUUUGAGCUUUGUCUUGCUAUUUGUGGUCAUAAUAAUAGCUUCCGAAGCUGCACCAAUAAUCGAUACUCCAAAACCUUACAUGUCGCUUGUCAAGCAGUUUCCUCCAAAACAUUUUAAAUGGACCGAAAUACGUAAUUAUCAUCAACAACGAGUAUUAGCCAAAUAUGAAUCAUCUAUCAGAAAAGCAUACAAAAAUGGUUUAGUAGAUGACUUAGUCAUGAAUAAACUCGAAGCUGCUCUAAAAACUCGAGAGGAACUAAAGAAACGGGUGACCUCUACUAGUAAUAUUACUGACAUUAAUAAUGAUAUUGGGUAUUUUGCCGCAAUAUCAAUUGGUGGUCAAAAAUUUAAUGUAAUCUUUGAUACCGGUUCAGCAGAUCUAUGGGUUCCUUCUUCAAGUUGCACAUCUCCUGCAUGUUCAAAUCAUCCAAGGUUUAAUCAAACAAAAUCAACAAGUUUUAAAUUUUUGAACACACCUUUUUCAAUUAAAUAUGGCACUGGUUCAGUUUCUGGAACUUCAUGUAUAGACAAUGUAGUCAUCUCAGGCCUAACUAUUAAAAAUCAAGUUUUUGCCAUCACAACAACUGAAUCUGAUGAAUUCGUGAACUCUCAAUUCGAUGGCAUCAUGGGUAUGGCUUUUGAUACUCUUAGUACGCAGGGAGCCUCGACACCAUUCUCUAACAUGGCCGAACAAGGAGUUGUCACUCAGCCAAUAUUUGCAUUUCGUUUCUCUAGAGCGGUAGAUCAUGAUGAAGGUAUUAUUACUUUAGGCGGUGUUGAUAUCUAUUCAUUUACUGGAACAAUUAAUUUUGUUAAUUUGGUUAAUGAUACUGCAUUCUGGGAGAUUCCCAUGGAUGAUGCUUCAGUUAAUGGCAAUUCUCUUGGUUUCAAAAAUAAGAGAGCAACUAUUGAUACCGGUACUACAUUGUUAGUGGCACCACCAGCUGAUGUGACUGCUAUUCACGAUAAUAUUCCUGGAUCUGUGUUAUUACAAGAGGGGGAAUACGCUAUUCCAUGUAAUACAAAUGCUAAAGUAGCUUUAAAGUUUAAUGGUGUUAGCUAUAGUAUUGAUCCAAGAGAUAUAGCUCGUGAUCUUGUUUCCCUCAAAAGAAAUCUUUGUUUAUCUGGGAUUAGUGCUGGUUUCAUAGGUACAAAUGAUCAAUGGCUUGUGGGUGAUGUCUUUCUUAAAAAUGUUUAUUCAGUAUUUGAUUUGGGUGCACGUUCUGUUGGAUUUGCGCCACUUAGUUAA